AUGUCAGGCUCAACGAACGAGGGUUGGCAGAAGAUGUUCAGGACCGUUGCAUUACCUGUGAGCCUAUCAGCUGCUGCUCUGGGGGCCGUGUAUUUCUUGAGAAAGUUUGGAAUAAUUUAUCAACUAUUCCACAAGGUUGACAACAAAACAAAGAAGAAUGGUGGUGAUAUUGUUGCGGAUGUCCUUCAGGCACAUGGAGUGAAGUAUGUGUUUACCUUGGUAGGUGGACACAUAUCCCCGAUUCUGGUUGCCUGUGAGAAGCUUGGAAUACGUGUAGUGGACACGAGACAUGAGGUCACUACAGUGUUUGCAGCUGAUGCUGUGGCCCGGAUGUCGGGAACCAUCGGGGUGGCAGCUGUCACUGCAGGACCAGGCCUAACAAAUACUGUGACGGCAGUUAAAAAUGCCCAGAUGGCAGAGUCACCAAUUCUGCUGAUAGGGGGUGCUGCUGCCACGUUACUGAAGGGAAGAGGUGCCCUGCAGGAUAUAGAUCAGAUGUCUCUGUUUAAACCGUUAUGUAAAUACUGUGCUUCUGUCACAAAGAUCCGAGACAUAGUCCCCACUCUGAAGAAGGCACUGUACGAAGCCCAAUCAGGGACUCCAGGUCCUGUCUUUGUGGAGUUCCCUAUUGACACACUGUAUCCGUAUGAACUCGUCAAACGAGAGAUCGGAAUGAAAGACAAGGGUCCAGUCAGCCUGGUACAAAGGAUAAUUAACUGGUACCUGAUGAACCACCUGAAUAAUUUGUUUGCUGGAGCUUUUGAAACACGUGAUAUGUCUCCUUUACCUGUCAAUCAACAAAAAGCCACACCCUCUCAAGUCCAGAAGAGCAUUGAACUGAUCACAAAGGCCAAGAGACCCGUAGUGCUGGUGGGGAGUCAGGCGACCUUGCCACCUGUUCCUGUAGAGAAACUCAGAAAGGCCCUGGAGGAUAUGGGUAUACCGUGCUUUCUGGGAGGAAUGGCACGCGGCCUGUUAGGCCGAUACAGCGGAAUCCAGGCCAGGCAGAAAAGGGGAGAGGCCCUGAAGGAGGCGGACGUGGUCAUCAUGGCUGGGGCCGUGGCUGACUUCAGAUUAGGAUAUGGACGAGUUCUCAAUAAACGAUCCAAAAUCAUCACCAUCAACCGUAGCAAAGAGCAGCUCUACAAGAAUUCUGACAUGUUUUGGAAGCCAACUGUUGCUAUAGAAGGGGAUGUGGCAAGCUUCAUCGUAGAAAUCUCUCAGAAACUGCAGGGGUACAAAUGUGACCCCGACUGGAUACAGAAACUUAAGGACAAAGAUGAUGAUAAAGAAAAGGCAAACAGAGUGAAGGCGGAGGAAAAGACUGACCAGCAUCUAAAUCCCCUGAAGGUUCUCCAUAUUGCAGAAGAAGUCAUGUCUGAUGACACGGUGAUGGUGGCGGAUGGUGGUGACUUUGUGGCCACAGCAGCAUACAUACUAAGACCUCGAGCCCCCCUGCACUGGCUGGACCCUGGGGCUUUUGGUACUUUGGGGGUAGGCGGAGGAUUUGCCUUGGGGGCGAAGUUGUGUCGGCCUGACAGUGAUGUGUGGAUUAUCUAUGGGGAUGGUUCCCUUGGUUACAGUGUUGCAGAAAUUGAUACAUUCACUAGACAUAAGAUACCUGUGAUAGCUUUGGUGGGUAAUGAUGCUGGGUGGACACAGAUUGAGAGAGAACAAGCUCCCAUGUUUGGAAGCAGUGUUGCUUGUAAACUGGCAUUUACUGAUUACGAGACGGUUGCCAUUGGCUAUGGUGGUAAGGGGUUGAAGCUUGACCGCAGUAACGAGGACAAAAUCCGCGAAAUCUUGAAGGAAGCCAUCAAAAUGAAUAGGGACGGAAACAGUGUACUCAUCAAUGUCCUCAUCGGCAAGACCAACUUCCGGGAAGGAAGUAUCUCAGUCUGAGACGAAAUCAAUCCUAGAGAAGCCAACUUGUGGUUCGUGUCUAGGAUUUGUAACUGUCAUAUUCCACUCGCAUGUGUUUUGUGAUUGUCAUGCUAUUUAGUAAUUUUAAAGAUUGAAUGUAAUUUACAUUUGGUAUUUCUUUAUCUCAAAUGUACUGCAUCUUCACAUGAUGUAACACAUGUACAUAUUCUUACACAACUGCCCAUGCAAGACCAAUUUCUUCAGUGCAAGAAAGCCAUGUAGGGAUUUUCUUACACUGCUACCAUGUCACUGAAUUUGAUGUCAUACAGUUUUAUAUUAAAUGGGGAAGUGAAAUGUAUUGUUUUCUUCAAAUAUCAAUUUGGUGCAACUUUUGAAGUUGGGGGGGGGGGGGGGGGGGGGGGGGGGGGGGGGUAAUUUUUAAAGGUAGUUUAGUUUUUCACAUUAAGUGUAAACUAGUUUUAACUAUGCGCUUUGUGACUGUCUAAUUUGUUUUUGUAUUCAAGUUCCUUGAGCAUUUUUUAAUUUUUUCAGAGUAGUUCGACUUAAUAAACUGAUAAAAUGUGAGAUAUAUAAUCUUCAUUUACCCAGGGAACAAGAUUCAUUGUGAGGCCUGUCCAAGACACAGUGAAUAUUGUUCCCUCGGAGAUAUGUCUCAAUCUAGCCCCAUAAGGAUAAAGGACUCUUUUAUACUUUAUAUUGACAAGUUUUUGUCCAUUUGGACUUCGAUCACAUCCUGAAUGGGCUUAAAUUUACAAAAACAAUCAUGAAGUAUAAUUUUAGGAGAAAUUGUUAAUGGAUCAAAAUCAUUUGUUGAUGUGUUUGAGCAAAAUAUUUCAAUGUUUCUGUGAUAUUGUACGCAACAACAUUUCGUGUUAUUUGAUAUUCUAAAUUUUUUGUAUGACAGCAUCUUUUCUAUCAAUAAAGUAUUUACGUAUAA